CAAACCCAACGAACAUAAUGGCGUCGAGGCGUGUGUGAAAAAAUCCGAGUGCGUGAUAUAUCGGCGGAAAUAUGUGUAAAUUUAUCUAAUUUUCAUAGUGAAAAUUCAUGAAAAAUAUAAAAGAAUCUAUCUAUGAACGUCCGGUGUAAUGAAAAUCGAUGAAAUUGAUGCAUGAAAAGGAUUUUUCGCGAGUUAUCCACGAUUCGAUUGACUACGGUUUGUUGGACGGUCAGUUGUACGGUUUGCGGUGUAUCGGAAAAGAAGGGACCUGGUGCUGCGCCAGUGGUUAAUAUUGAAGAGUGCGGCCUUGUUCCUUUUAUCGAAACGAUUGUGUAGUGAUUUCGAAUGGCAGAUUUUCAUGAACAAAUCACACCCGGAAUGGUGGAAAUCUAAGUAAUUUUGUUGUGCUGGACUCCGAUGGAAUUCAGAUGCAUUUUUUUUUCUUUCUCGUAAUUUGUAUCUGAUGGCGUUGUGAAAAAGGAGAUACUCUCCAGUUUUCGUUGUGUUCGUGCGUGUCAUGUUUGCAAUAUAUCGCGGCUGAUGGUUUGGAAUUGUCGCUACUCCGGGUCGGCAGCAAUGCAGUAAUUUUGUCUCCUUCAGCAUUCGUGACCGUCUGUUCUAGACUAGGUAUAAACACGUGUGACCCUCAGUGACUGACGGAGGUCUCUUUACAUAUCUUCGAAAUACCUUUUUCGGGCCGGUUUAAUCGCUACGAUUUCCCUAAAUUUACGGUAGUCGUCACCCUUAUUUGUUGACGUUCGCGAUAAUGUAUUCCGAUUAUCACAUCAGUACGCAAGUACGGAACGUAACGAUAGUGCACGGAAUUUAGUGCCAGUGUCGAAAAUGUAUGAUUAUGAUGUGUGCCGACAAUUCUAACAAGUGUCUCCGCGCGGGAUCGGGAUUACAUGAUGGAUAAAGGAAAAUAAGUCACACAUUCGCAGUCACAGUAUCCUGAAGGAAGCAAAUCGUCAAGGAUAAAUACCAUUGGAUUUGAUUCUUGACGGUGAUUCGACUUUCUUGCAUCAGAAGUGUUAAAUCGGCAGUUCCCAGAUAAACGCAGUAAAUAACGACUAGUAACCAUUGGACUGAUGUUAAAAAUUGCCGAUGAUAUGAGAAAUCACAAGAGAGCAAAGAUUGCAAUCAAGCAGUUGACCAUUUUGUAUGUUCAUCCCAUCGGAGAAACGGCAAGGAUAAAUUAAUUGGCAAGAUCCAAGGAAUUUAACUUCAAGGCAACCAUGACAGUAUCAUCGAAAGAUAAUGAUACAGAUGUGAUACUAAUGCCACCACCAUUACAGUUCACGAUAAAAAGUCAUUGUGGCGAUUUACGUGAACAAAAAAUCAGCCCCCGUCGUGUUAUUUAUAAAAAACAUCGUCUACGAAAUGGAUCACGGAAUUUAUUACUAGAUAUAUACUCACAUACAGCAACUAGGAUGAGCUAUUGUGUUAAUCUAUAUUAUCUUAUUACUACUCGAAUCCUGCGAGCAAAACACAGGAGCUUAACACGACGAAAACUUAUGUUCAUUUUCUUAAUUUUAAUAAAUCAAGUGAUACAACCGUUGGGUAUCUCGUCGACAAGUAUUGCAGCUGAGGCUGCAACUGCAACUGGUAACUCGGUUGCUUUACGUAUGGACGAUUUAUUUCAAAAUGACGGUCAUAAUAUCGGUGACGGCAGUAGUUCUAGUGAUGAGGAUAGCGAUGGUAUUCUGAUUAGUUCAAAUUUAAAUAGUGAUAGUUUAAAUUCAAGUAACAAUAAAACAUUGUCACCCUUCUCAUUGUCAUCUUCGAAUCUCGUAACGGCUGCUGCAAUUGGUGAUAAUCCACCAUCACCAGUUGUUAUUAAUGGUGGCAGUAAUAGCAAUGCAGGCGGUAGUAAUAGUGGAAUCGGUACCGGAGGUCAUUAUUUAGAUAAAAUCGAUAAUUUAGAACGUAGUGUCGCGGCGGUUCUUAUAAAAGUUGCAUACGGUACUACAUCAACAACGAAACGAAGCAUUCCAGAUAAUAGUUAUGUGCCGAGUUUAACAACGAUUGCAACACCACCUUUAACGACACUUCGUUAUUUGGAGAAAUCACAACAUCAACAACAAAUCAAUUUGCAUCAUCGUAAUUACGAGCUGGACUUGGAACGCGAUCAUGCACUACCGACGUCCGCUCCGAAUGCUGAUAUACUGAAAAGCAACAGUAAUCCAACGUAUCCUAAUCCAAAUCGUCAUCAUAAUCAUGAUCGCGAUCGUGAUCGUCACAGGCAUCUUGUUACAAAUUCAACACCUCCACCGUCAAUUCAUAAUCUACAAAAGAAAGGACCGCCGACAAAUCCAAUGUACUCAAUCGACAUGCCAUCAUAUUCCCCACCCGCAAGGUCAUUUCUUACUCCUCCUCUACCGCCCGAGUAUACGAAUCCUUUUGCUGACAAGCCAACUUUACGUGGUACUAAUAAUGAUGGUGGUAUCUCUAACGUUGGCGGUGGUGGUGGUGGUGGCGGAACGUAUAUUAAUCGACGUCCGAUUCCACCACCAAGCCUAAUGCCUGGACAAGAACGUAUACCUCUACGACCGCCUGAUCUAAAUGGAGGCAUCACGGGACAGUCAAUAGAUCACAGUAAAUCGCAACCACCGACUGAUGACAUAGGAAGCACAGGUCAACGGAAAAAGGCCCUUAAUACGCCAUCAAUAAAAGUUAAUAAUAAAGUUGAUUCGCCAACUUUUGAAAAGAGUUCAGGUGUUGCGGCCAAUCCUGGAGGCGCGGCGAUAUCGGACAGUGCUAUACCGAACGAGGGGAUUAACCCUACGAAUGGUGGGGUUAACAAUGGUGGGAGUGUCAUACAUUUUCAGGGAAUUUCGCGGAUUUUGUCCGGUUCCAAUGGACGUAAAGAGGAUAUUCCUGAAGUCCUCUUGCGUACAGCUACAGUUCGUCCAAAUAACUCCCCUCAGCAGUCCCCCAUUAGCCAUCAGCAAGCCGGAAACGGUCAAAAUCCGAACAUCAAUCAAAGCAAAAAUGGCAAAAGCACUGGUGAUUCGGAUGAUAAUCCCGUAGAAGUAGGGAAUUCAGGUGCCAGUGAAGGCAAGGAUCCCGGUGGUAAUAUUGCUAGCGAUCGUAACAGAAAGAAUAAUAACGAUAACCCAACUGAAGAUGAAAACACUAGAGGCGAUGAUUAUGAUAAUUUUGAUAUUUUUGUCGCUGCCGAACCACAGCCGAAAAUUAAGAUGAGUACGAAAUCCACUGAAAAUCCAUAUGGUGGGGAGAAUGUUGGACCUGAAGGAGGAUCGACACAAGUAGUCCAUAAUGUAGGAAACAAUCAUAAAAGUCUACUGCUGACGACGUCGACUCCGAGUGGCGGUAGUGGCGUGGGGAAUGAUAAGGAUGCAAGUACAAAAUCAACGGUAGGUUCAGCGGCUUCAGGAGGAGGAGGCGGAGGCGGCAACAGUUCCAGCGGAGGAGCAACAUGGACCGUGGCAUGGAACAUACAUGUUUACUUAUCUGCAAUUUUAUUCACAAUUCUAGCGGUUUAUUCCAUCUUUAAAAUGAUAUUCUAUGAUAAGUUGACGCAUCUUUUCAAUCAAUCAUAUUUCAUUUGCAUUCACCUGAUACUGAUCGUGAUUUGUAUGACUCGAAUUUUUUACCUUUGCUAUGACGCUUAUAAUAUCCAUUCAUCUUUUCAUCUGUUCGUCUCCGAGAUACUUUUGAAUUUACCAGCGACAUUCCUCACAAUCUCAUUCUCUGUUUUGAUAUUAUUUUUAUUGAUACGAUCAUUGAAUCAUAAGAACAAUCGUUAUUCUGCAUUAAUUCGGCCGUUAACCGUUGUUGUGGGGAGCAGCGUGCAUGUGGGACUAUGCAUAACACUACAUUAUGUGGAGAGCUAUACUACAGCUAACAAUCAGCAGUUGUACUAUCAGCAACAACUUUAUCGCAGCAGUGGCGGCACAAUGGCUGGUAGUGUCGGUCGACUGCCAACUGUCGGUACUGUAGGACACACUCACCAUUCCCAUCAUCAUCAUCAUCACCAGUUGCAAGUUCCACCCUCACCGCCACGUGUCUUAUCGCUAAUUUGCCAGAUUAUAUAUAUUUUCGUUUGCCUUAGCCUCGGGCUGUUGUAUCUGUAUCUCUAUCGAAUUCUCAAGCGUGUACUGCGCAGCAAAAGCCAAAACUAUAUCCAUGGCUAUCAAAAUCUUUCAUAUGCUAUCCAUAUUACGAUUGCAACUGCUUUGUUAUUUGUUCUGCUUGCAGCACUUCAAAUUUAUGGCGCCCUGAGCAUAUCGACUACAAGACCCUUAAUAACAGUUGCACUUGAAAUUGAUUGGCUCCAAUGGGGCUAUCAGUUUUCUUUGCGCUUAAUUGAAAUAGCGAUUAUUACGCUUAUGUCCUGGGUAGCUGGACUGAAAACGGGAGGGAAUUCUGGUGUCCUGCAGCGCGAGAAAGCUGCAGGCGGGGACACUCACAAUGUUUCGGGUUUUGCAUUGUUCCCAUGCACAUCGAGCUCCAGUCAGGAGCAUUUUGAGACUGAUUAUCCAGCGGUUUGCAAUGCAAACACCAAUUUACAUACGUAUACUUUACGAACGGGUAAGCCCAUCUACGAUGACAACUUUGCGCUGAAUUCUCUAACAGGAGGAGCAGCAGCAAAUAGCUCUUCUUCAGGCGGAAGCGGUGGUGGGAGCUCGAAUCAGUCAAAUAUAACACAACAACAACGUUUGCAACAUGAUUUCCAAUUGCAAAACGCUGCACCCGGUGGUGAUUUCGUCCGUUCCUAUGAAACCAGCUCCCUUAGAUCUGCCUCUCAUCACUUUCAUCACAACCAUUCGCCUCAUAUACUAGAUGCACAGAGCAGUGGUGGCAAUGUGAAUAGUUUUCUUUGUGACUCUCAAACCGAUCAUUAUGAAAAUCCCAAUUUUGAAUUAAGGCCAGCUACCUCAGCCAGCACUCGGCAUCAUCACCAUCAGGACAAUUGUUAUUCAGAGCCAUCGAAUCCUUAUGGAGCCAACAAUGGUGGUGGUGAUCCAUCGAUGCUUCCUCCAAAUGCACCGGCAUCUGGCUAUGAUUUUCAAGAUUUUGAACGCCCAAUUUUUGGCAAUGCUGAAGGUCCGAGUGACCAUCAUCCGCGUCCGAACUCACGAAAUGAUUGUCAUCUUCUGUCGAAAUCGGCAAAGAGCCAAACCGGAUCGACGCGAGAUCGCUACCAACAGCAGCAGAAUAUUCUUGAUCGGGCAAGCUACGAGAAUCCUGAACGGCGUAGCACAAACUCAACUCAUUCAUGUGGGUCGGCUCGUAACUACCCUACUUACAAUUCUUUCGAAAGGCGCAAUGGGGGCGUGCGGAAGAGCGGAACCUUGAAUAAUAUCGGGAAUAUAAUGCAUGGUGGCCAAAUUGGAGGACGCAAUAAUAGUACAUCAUCUUCGUCCUCUUCUUCACAUAGGCCGUCGGGGGUUCAAACCCUUAGUUCCACUCAUAAUAGAACUCAGAACAGUGCACGCAAUGGGCCAACAAAUAACGGGGCAAAUAUUGUUAAACAACAAACACCUACAAGCGGUACUGCUUUUUAUCGCGGAAGUGACCGAUCCCAUCACCAUCAUCACCGGUCUUCCCUUGAACGUAGCAAUAGUUCAGUCCUUCAUCAGCCCCAUCAUCGGCAGCUCCAUCAGCAACAGUAUGCGAUCCCAUCGUCAGAUGAUGCUGAUGAUUUCUGUUGCCCCAAUCCAGAGCGCGCUACUUUGAUCAACAAUUCAUCCUCAUCGGGUGGACUAUCAGGAUGUGGAGUACCCGGUGGUGUUGUUGGAAAUUGUCCCGACAAUAAUCGUACCGGUGUUGGUUGUUUAACAUUAACCACAAAUGGUGGCAAUUUAGCUGAUGGAGUUAAUGGUGGGAGUGUUGCUAUUAGUGCUGGUAGCGGUGGUGGGGGUGGUGGUGCCACUUGUACGAGCACAAGUAGUAGCGGCGGUGAUAGUGCAAACAGUGGUAGUAUGCUUGUUGCUGAGCAUGGAUUUGUGCGAUUUCGUGCCCUCGAUGACAUGAAUAAUGCACAAGGUGUGGGAAUCCAUAAUGCAUCCAUACGGGCAACAACUGGCGGUAGUAAUAGCCGUCAUAAAGAGAAGCCACGCUGUUUCACCAAUAAUACGUAGUCAAUAGUUCUUAAAGUAGGCCUAUAACAUGUUUUUUAUUUUUUAUCUUCUUGGGUUAUAUCUGGAAGCCCCUCAGCCCUCCCUCACCCCCCCAUUUCCCUUGUGUCUUUAUUUUUAUCUAUAGUAGGAUCACACAUUAGAUAUUGUCUGUGAAAUUCUACUAUGAAUUAGAAUGCGAACGAAACAAUUAAAUGACUAAAAUAAGUAUAAUAUUAAAAAAAAUAAUGAAAUUAGAACUAUAAUGGUAUAUUUAAUAGAAUGAGCAAGAUGCAGGCAGGACGCUCUUCAGUCUUUUUGCCUAAAAGAAAUAAUAUUCGUCUCAUUUCGAUGGGACUGGCGCUUUUUUUUUUUUAUUUUUAUUGUUUAUUCUUCUGUUAUUGAAUCAAUCGACUUUCUCAAGCGUUUUGUAAAUAAAUUUCCGGAUGCUUUAUUCUCUAAAUAGCUCUCUCCGUGUUCAUUCAUAAAAAUCUUAAAUUUUAAACGUUUAUUUUCACCUCUAAGUCGCAAUAAGUCUACUGCUGCUGGACAGAGCGAGGACCGAGAUGUUUGUCCGUUUUUAAAAUCUCGAUCUCGUGCCCUGGGUUCAAAUCCUGGCCUGGUCAUGGAUGUAGGAUAGUACAAUGGGUCUACUAAGGACUCCGGUGCUGGAAUAAUGAUCCCCUUGUUUUAAAAAUGCCUGCUGCUGAGAAAAGGGGCUGUCCGAUAAAUACUUAGCCUUCAAAAAACAAACGAGAAUUUUUGAGAAAUGGCGAUUUAUUCCUCAACAUAGUCUCCUCUUUGCUCGAUACACAUGACCCAGCGUUGCUCCAAUUUCUUUAGGCCGUCUGGAAAAAAUUUUUCUCAAGGUCUGCAAAAUAGGCCUGUGUUCCGGCGAUGAUCUAUUCAUUUGACUCAUAUUUCUGCCCGACAAGUAGCUUUUUAAAGCUGGAGAAUAAAAAAAAUCGCCCGGGGCUGAAUUUCGGGUUUUUUUUUCUGCAAUUCGGCGUUCAAUCUGGCCAUUAAUUCGGCAUAGUAAAGAUCUUCUUUUUCUUCAGCCUUUGUCGCGUUCACAAGCGUGGCCGGGUCGUGAUGAUCGGUUUCGCCAUUUGACUCUAUCAAAUGCCUGAUUUGGAUACAAUCGCGAGGCUUUAAAAUUCCCACCCAGCGUAUCAAGCCACUGUUGUUUCGGCUGGCCUUUUG